GUACAAUAAAAAAUAAAUAUAAUAUAUACAGAAUUCUGAAGGCUGAUAACAAUUGUAAUUAAGUGUGAUUAAGUUGAAACAAAUUUAAUUUGUUUACAUUACAUUCUAUUACAUUAGAAAUUCGAAUAUGUCUAUAAAUCUAGAUAUUAGACUGAAGAGAGCUGAUAAAGUUUACUGUGAAGGGGAAAAUGUCUCAGGAGUGAUAGUAAUAUCCAGCAAUUCAGAUUUCAAACAUGAGGGAAUAACUCUAACAAUGGAUGGAUGUGUAAACUUACAGGUCAGCUCAAAAAAUGUAGGGAUCAUCGAAGCAUUUUAUAAUUCAGUAAAGCCAAUUCAAUUACUGAAUGUAACUUGUGAGGUGAGCAAUUCUGGAAGGCUGCCUUCAGGUACCACGGAAAUACCCUUUGAGAUACCUUUGAAACCCAAAUCCAAUCGUGUCCUAUAUGAAACUUAUCACGGAGUUUAUGUCAACAUCGGUUAUAGUUUGAGGUGUGAUAUUAAAAGAUCUUUCCUCUCGAAAGAUUUGCAGAAAAGUCAACAGUUUUUGGUACAGUACAGACCUGGGUUUAAUGCUUGUCCACAGUCACCCCUUAAAGAUAAGAGAGCUCCAGUAAAUUUUACACUCAGUCCUUCAACCCUGGCUUCAGGUGGAGUAGGUGCUCCCGAUUUUUUGUUGAAUGGUCAACUGGACACAGUAUGUUGCAACAUUACAAAACCUUUUAGAGGAAAACUAGUGUUGGUCAAAUGCGUGGUUCCUGUUAGAUCCAUAGAGUUGCAACUCGUUAGAGUGGAAACAUGCGGAUGUGCCGAAGGAUAUGCCAAAGAAGCUACAGAAAUACAGAACAUCCAAAUUGGGGAUGGAGAUGUCCCUCAGAACAUACCAAUUCCAAUUUACAUGGUAUUUCCGAGGUUAUUUACUUGUCCCACAUUGAUAACAACAAAUUUCAAACUAGAGUUUGAAAUCAAUAUCGUCAUGAUUUUCCAAAAUGACCAUUUGAUCACAAACAAUUUUCCCAUAGUGUUGGUCAGGGAGUGAAACGAACAUGAAUUUUCUUAAAUAUUUUAUCAAUAGUAAUAUAAAACAAGUAAUCUCAACAUCUAAAUAUAUUUUUGAUCAGA